CAUUCUCUGUCAAGUCACGCUAAUGUCAUUGACCCGUUUUAUCACACGUAGAGUAUCUAAUUGGAUUAUAUUUAAUAAAAUUAUAUAUUUUUAAGUUAACAUUGUGUAAAGAAUUUAAAAAUUAGUCUCCACAAUGUGGCUGGACGAAGCGGAUGGUUUUGCAGAGAUAUUUAGGGGCUAUUUACCCUAUUAUUUGCUUGUUGCUCUGCCCAUAUUUAUUAUCAUGUCUCCAGUAAAUCCAGUGGCAGCAUCACAUGAAUUUUCUGUAUAUAGAAUGCAACAAUAUGACCUUCACUCCUUACCCCAUGGUUGUCGAAGUGCUAGCUUCAAUCUAGAGGGUCGGUCGCUGUCGUCAUGGAGCACGGCACGACACUGUGUGGUGGCUCGCCUACAGGACAUCACUAUUGAACAGUUUGUGGAAAUAAGGAGUAAAUCUCCGGCCCUCUUGCUGGUGCUGCCUAAAAAUAAUACUGAACUGACAGAUGAACAAAAAGAGCACAUCCAACUCCUGGAAAUGGCGAUGGUUCAACAAGAAAUGUUAGCUCCUGUUUACUUUGCUAAAUGGUCCCCUGAGUUUGAGGAAAUCCUAGACGAUCUGCAGCACAGUUUUAUAACUGAUGAAAAAUCUGGCACUGCUUUAGAGGCAAUGUUUAAUACAGUCUCUUCAAAUGGAUAUCAAAUCGUGGUAUCAGCUCCAACUCCACAGAAGUUGGAGUCGAAGCCGGUGACACUGCACGGCAAGCUGAUGGGCAAGUCGGCAGCGCAGACUAUUGUGAUUGCAGCACAUUAUGAUGCAGCAGGACUUGUACCUGAAUUAGCUCAAGGUGCGGAUUCAAAUGCAUCAGGAGCAGUAGCAGUUCUAGAACUAGCUAGAAUCUUCUCUCGUUUGUAUUCGAGUGCGGCAGUACGAGGUGGACCUUCAUUAUUGUUCAUGCUGACUUCUGUGGGCCAUUCACUGAAUUAUUUCUCUACAAAAAAAUGGCUUGAAGAACAAUUGGAUGCCACCGAUGCAUCUUUGUUACAAGAUGUUUCUUUCGUCCUGUGCCUGGACUCUAUAUCUUCGGCGGGGUUGAGGCUGCACGUGUCGAAGCCGCCGCGCGCGGGCGGCGCCGCGCACUCGCUGCAGGCGCGGCUGCGCGCGCCGCUCGUGCACAAGAAGAUCAACCUCGCGGACGAGCUGCUGGCCUGGCACCACGAGCGCUUCAGCAUCCGGAGGAUGACCGCCUUCACGCUCAGCUCACUGCAGAGUCACAAAGAGGUAGGUCGCAGCAGUAUCCUGGACACCUCCUCCGAGGAGUCUCUGAAGCAGCUGGUGUCCAACAUCGUGGUGACGGCGCGCGCGCUCGCCUCGCACAUAUACAACCUCACGGAUGAACUCAAUGAUGAGGAUGCAGCUUUGUAUGACGAGGCUUUGGGUGUAGACGAGGCAGCAGUCAAGCACUGGUACGAGUACUUGUCGUCGCAGCCGCGGGCGCCGCACAUCAUCACCACGAUACCACCGAAUACAGGUGUGACUGGCGCGCUGGAGCGGGCGCUGUCCCGCUACGUGGACGUGACGCUGAGCGUACACGCCAUAGACAAGCGCGAGCCGGAGUACGUGCUGUACGCGCCGCUCGCCGCGCAGCUCUACGUCUACAGCGUCAAACCUGCAGUUUUCGAUCUCAUCUUAACUCUAGCGAUAGUAGCAUAUCUAAGCGUAGUUUACUUCGCUAUACAAAUGUUCCCAAAGUUUUAUGAAGAAUAUGCUAAAUUUGUAACAGGCAAAGUUAAAGUGAAUUAGUUUUAUUGAAAACUGUGUGCGAUUUUGAACUCUAAUCGAUUGGGAUAAGAUAGUUUGUGUGGUUUCGCAAAUAAAAGACAUUAAAUGAGUGAUUUUAAAGUAAUUCUCGUAUCAUUAACAUGCUAAUUUUUAAAAGAAAUUCUUAUGAAUAGUUUUCCUUUAAAAAAAAAAUAUUUUAACAGUAUACAUUUUCCUAUAUUAAGAAGGAAAUUGAGAUAAAAGAUGAUAUCGAUCUGGAGAACGGAAACUGGUGCAUGCACCUAACUUGUAUAAUGACAUAUCCACAUAACUAUGAAAAUUGAGUCAUUCCUCUUAUUAUUUUAUGAAAUAUCAAUCAUAUUAAGAAAAUAUAUAACUAUAUUAAAUUUCAUUAUCGCACACAGUUACUAUCAUAAGAGUUGAACAAUGUUUUAAUUUUAUUUUAGUGAAUUUAUAAAGUACAGUUGAUCCAGUAAACUAUUAAACUACUUUUUAGUUAUUGCAUAAAAACAUAUUCAUGGUAUUAAAAAAAAUGUGGGCCAAAGAUGGUCCCUUGAGGGAGUCACGCGAAUUUUACUUGAAAAUUGGUCCUUGUGUUUAUUUUAUUAACAUGUAUUGCAUUUAAAUUAUAAAAAAGGUAUAAUUCAGUACAAUUAGUGUACUUUAAUGUGUUUUAUUUAUAUUUGUAUAUUAAAAUAUUAUAAUUGACAAUAUCGAACGCUUUAGUUAAAUCUAAAUUUUUUAUUGGAUCAUCUGUACUGUAUAUUUGUUAAAGCAUCAAAGAAAUACAAACUCAAAUACGAGUCAUAGAUUACGAAGUUUUUUGUUUUUAAUAUUAAGGAAAAUAAAUUAUGAAAAAUAAAUGGUUAUUAAGGUAAUUCGAUAAAAAGCAAUAUAUCUUAUGUAUUGGUGAUUGAAUUUGGGAAUGUCUUUCUGUAUAUAACUUCUAUGUUUUAUUUCGCCGUCCUCACUUCAAGUUCCUUUGACAGUAAAGUAUAUAAUAUAUUGAAGUAUAGCCUGACCAAUAAUAUAAAAUUCCUACAGCCUUAAAGUUAAACUUAGGAAUAAACUGAGUAUAAGUGAAAUUUUCACUAAUAUUCGUAUGGUUUUUAGUGUUUUGGCUAUUAUGUACACUUCCUUAUGUAUGCAAAAUAAUCAUAGAAUGGUCAAAUGUUAUAUUUGACACUUUUAACCAAAAUUUUCAAAAACUACGAAACUGUUACUUUUUUAAUUUCGAUUGACUUAUUAUGGUAAUGUCAAUCGAAUGUGAAAAUAUAUUUCUCUUUUUGAUCGACAUCCCAAAAGAGGUACUCAAUUCGUCUGUAUGUUUUUUUUUUAUUUUAAACACUAAGGUUACAAAAACUCACGAAAAACAUUUUUCACAUUUAUUCCAUUCAUGUUUGAAGCUCGUAUCGAUUCUUUAAUCGAUUUUUCUAAGCAAGUCGACGCACUAUGAAUUUAAAAUUGACAGCUGUCAAAUAUGACGUAAUGAAGUGGUAUUUUUCCGCUAUAUGGCAAGGAUUUUUAUAUUUCUGGUUCAGGUUGUUUCCGCAACAUAUCUAAAAACGUAGAUAUAUAAACUAUAGAUGAAGUGUUCCUAACAAUUUGACGUUUAUUAUUGAAUCGAAUUUCGAGUCAUUUAGUCAUUAAUAACUAACUGUUGCACACGACUUCGUCCGCGUGAAAUUAAAAAUAUAUAACCUAUGUUAUUCACUGAUAACGUAGCUUUUUCAUGAUAAAAGAAUUUUUCAAAUCGGUUGUGGUUUUUGAUUUAUUUCAGUACAUAAAAAAACAUAGAUGGAAUGACAAAAUAUCUAUAGAUUGUAUAUCUAUGUCUAUAACAUAAAAUAGCUACGUGAGAUGCUCACUUAAGUUAUAAGGUGUGUGAAGAUAACUUGAUUUAAGUUAAAGUUUCGAACAAUAAGUUCCGCUUAUCUAGUGUUCGUAAUCGAUUAGUAUUUACGAUCUCUUUGUAAAUUAAAAUAUUUCUUUGAAAUGUUUCAUGCAAUGUGACUUUUUUCUUUUAUUUACUCUUUUUUACGUAAGUAAAUCUUUUGUUUGUUUAUAAGAAUAUAUACAUUUUUCUUUAAACAAUAGUACAGUCAGGGAAUUCGACGGUGACCCAACUUGAAGCUAUAAUUGAGUUUUGUCAGUACACGGUUAAUUUUUAAAA